AUGCAGUUCGACCGCAUCAUGUCCCCCCUCAACUUGAGCCACGAUCCCCGCUUCCGCCGGCGCGGCCGCCAACCCACCGCCUGCACAGAGUGUAACCGCCGCAAACAACGGUGCGACGGCCUCCAACCAUGCCAUCACUGUGCGAAACGCAACGUCAAUGACCUGUGUCGCUUCCCAGACCAGAAGCCCAAGCCUCGCCCCCGUCCAUACAGCGAUCAUUCCGAGGGCUCUGCCACCGCACGGAUGAGCAGCGGCUCGGCUUCGGACGACAGUGACAAUCCGUUCAAGCGCAAAUCGAACGAAUCGGACACGCGUUCGCCUAAACGUCCGGCCUUCUUUGUUGAGAAGCUCUCCAGCCCUCUCCUCAACUCUCCCGGUGACGACCGGUCAGACCCUCCACCAACCCGCCGACCUAGCCUGCAAGACCUCGUACACCACUCAAUCCCAGUGUCUUCAGAGAGGGCGAGCGCCCAGACACCCACGCCUCCGCCUUGGGAGCGGGGCGGGCCACGUCCUCCCCAGCCCCAGUCUCAGUCCCAGUUCAGGGGUACGCGGACCCCUGACAGUUGGGGCAGCCAGCAGGAGGACGGCCUCUACAUGCAGGAGAACGGUGCUCUCGGGUACGGCAGUCUGGCUGUUGAGGGACAUGGCGACGAGAGUGGCCACCACCAGCUCCAGUUCUACGGGACGUCGCACUUCGGUCCGCGCGCCGCGGCCGAGUUCUUCCAAGAAAUGAGCGGCGUGCGGAAGGAGCGCCUCAAUGUCAGUGACACACACUACCGACUACCGAGCCUCAGCGAGCUCGACCAAGGACCUUAUAGCCUGGCGUCACAUAUCCGGGCGCUCGACAGUCGACUUCCUCCUCGCUCGCUCUGUGAGCGGUAUGUCGACAUUUUCUUCACACUUGCCAACUCGUGGAUGGAUAUGUUGCACGAGUCGGACUUUCGGGCCAAGUACGGCACAUUCUGGGCAAUCAAGGGCGAGUUUGAGGACAUGACCCGCAUCGAUGUCCGUUGGUUCGCUCUCUUUCAGAUCGUGCUGGCGUUUGGUGCAUUGCUCGACCGCCAGCCCAGCCCUUCCACAGACCCUGUCACGCUUAGUAACCAGUUCUUCGUCGGUGCGCGCUGUGCACUGUCCGAGGCCCCGAGCUUUGGCGGCGAAUCUAUUGACACGGUCCGCGCAUACUCUCUCCUCUCCCACUACCUCGUCAUGACCCGGCGGGUCCCCGAGGCAUGGAACAUGCUUGGUAGCGCCGUGCGUGCCUCCGAGGCGCAGGGAUUUCACAUCGACGGCGAGAAGUGGAAGGACCUGCCUCCGCAGGAAGCCGAGCUACGCCGGCGGCUCUGGGCACAAAUGUACUGCCUGGACAGGUCCAUCUCGUACUUCCUCGGCAGGCCGCUUGCUAUUCACGACGACAAGUUUUCUGUCGUUCCGCCAGCCAACAUCCCCGACAGCGAGCUGCCUGUUCUCCCACGCCCAAACUGGCCUCUGACGACACCCACAAAGUCAACCUUCCUAAUCCUGCACUAUCGCCUGGCGCAGAUUAUCGGGCGCAUCUUAACGACAUGCUUCGGCCUCUCGCCCCGCAAGCAUGCAGACGUCAUGGCGUGCGAACACCUCAUGGUUGAAUGGAUACGCAACCUGCCGCCCGUGUUCAACCUCUACGACCCGGACUUGAGAUGGGACGAGCAAUACUCAUGGCUCAGGUUGCAGCGACAGACACUCAUCUCCAAGUUUCAUCAAGCGCGGAUCGCGCUCCACCGCCCAUAUCUCCUGCAUAACGGGUACACUGAAAGCCGGAUCGCGUGCGUAGUUUCCGCUGGGGCAGAGCUGCGUAACCGCCUCCAUCUGUUGGAGGAGGAUGUAGAGGCUCUCGACAGGUUCAAGUGGAUGACGGUUGCGUCCGGCUUCGCACCGGCAUGUAUCUUGGGUCUCCUACUGGCCCGGAACAAGCGCGAAGACAGGGUAUACGAUUACGACGAGAUUCGCGCACUGUUCAUCGCAUACAUUGCAGCUGAGCGGCGAGCAGCACGCGAUCACUCGGCAGACUCGGAGCUGCAGGUGCUCGACAUGAUGCUGAGCAAGGCGGACGUGAUGAGGGGUACGCAUCCCCACCCGUCGCCAGUUCAGCAGCUUGUGCCCCCACCCGCUCCAGAACCUGUCCACGUCGACGUGCCGGUACCGCACGUGAGAAACGGGGCGCUUACCCUCGCUCCGCCAGCUGAGGAGUGGUUGCCUGCGGGGAGGCCAUGGGAGCCACGUCCGCCGUACGAUCCUAGUGCGGCGGCGUUCCCGGCGGCUGACGACAUGCAGAGCUGGAACUCGCUGCUGAACUUUAUCGGCGCGCCAGCAGAGGCGCAGCCGUGGUACGAUGCAGACGCGGUGGUGAUCGAGGAGGAGCUGCGGUAG